UGAAGUUUGUUUAUUGUUGUGUAUACACUGUAUACGUUGUGAGAGGAAGCGGUAGUGUGAUGAUUGAUGAAUGAUGAAUCUGAAUUGUGCGGCUAGGCUGCACCGACUUCGGAAAAUCUUAAAACUGGCAGUUCGUUUACCAGACGAACUGGAAUAUGCAUCACGACAUACGUACAUUAAAAACAGGCAGAUUAAUGAUUUCGUUAGGGCUUUGCAUCACGGUGGCGUUUGUGUGGACGAUUCAGAUUUUAAGAAUUACACUAAUAAAUUAAUCUCGGAGUACAAUAUGUUAGUGCGUGGUAGUGUUGCCGAUUCAAAAAGACUUACUGAAUUGCAACCGAUUAUUGACAUCCUCAAUAAGAAGAAGCAUUUGGAAGAGUCUUUGGAUGUUUUGAAUGAAUUAAAAGGAGGUGCCGCUGAUGACAAGGAAUUUGAAAGAAUGGCUGAAAAUGAAGAGAAACUCUACAAGGAGAGACUGGCAGAAAUAAAUUCAAAGCUACUGGAAAUACUGACACCUGCUCAUCCAGAUGACAGCUGUAGUGGUGUAGUUCUGGAAGUUAUGCCAGGUGUUGGUGGUCAAGAAGCCAUGCUGUUUGCACGAGAAUUAUUUGACAUGUAUCAAGCUUUUACCACAUUCCAGAAAUGGCAAACAGACUUAGCUGCACUUGACACCAGUGAGGGAGGUGGAGUGCGACAUGCGAGUCUCCUUGUCCAGGGUGCAGGUGCAUAUUCUCUCUUACGCCACGAGGCUGGUGUACAUCGCGUUCAGCGUAUUCCGGCCACUGAGAAGGCAGGACGUAUACACACAAGCACAGUAGCAGUUGCAGUAAUGCCUCAGCCAUCAGAGGUAGAAGUCAUUUUAAGGGAGAGUGACCUGGAAAUCGAGACAAAAAGGGCAAGUGGAGCAGGGGGCCAGCAUGUUAACACUACCGACAGUGCUGUGAGAAUCACACACCGUCCUACAGGUAUUGUAGUGGAGAGUCAAGUUGAUAGGUCUCAACACAAAAACAAAGCUAUCGCCAUGGAGAGGCUCCGUGCCCGCAUCUGGAAGAUGCGUACAGAAGAAGAGGAAAGUCGCUUGAGUGCUGAACGUAAAUCACAGAUUGGAAUGAGCAUGCGAUCAGAUAAGAUACGCACGUACAAUUUCCAGCGAGAUACUGUAGUAGAUCAUCGCAUACAUUUCACUGUACAUAACUUGAGGGAAUUCUUGGAAGGUGGGUUGUUGUUGAACAACCUAAUGAGGAAGCUUCAGCAGGAAGACUACAAGGAGCGGCUCUUCUCCGUGAUCCACAGUUGAAAAAUUAUAGCCCAUAUUUACUGGAUGGCAGUUGGUGGUAUCAUGGCUGGCUUGAUGUUGACUGUAUUGAGAAAAAUUUUAGUGCCUCACUUUGCAACACUUGUGCCUUUCGUCAUUGAUGUCUGUGUCAAAUUUAUCACAAAGCACUGUGCAGGUUACAGUAGUGUGCCACAUUUUUGUAAUAUUGUGUAGUUAAUGCAUUUUCACUUAGUUAAUAACAUUUUAAAAAUCUGUGCCAAACAGGAAAGUAACAAACUGCUGAUGUUUUCAUUUAAGACUGGUGGCAAUCUCGUAUUUGAUGCUUCCUUUAAUCAUGGGGACAAUGACCUUGAUAUCUUGCCCAAUUUACAUGUACUGAUAAGUUUGUCAGACUUGUUCUGUUUAUUUAUGGUCCAAUUUUGUUUUUUGAUGGCUACAGAUUUAUUGUUGUGACUGGUUAUAAAAACAGCCCUUUAGCAAAUACUAUUUAAGUACAAGAUUUUAACCAAAACUUUUUUUUGGGGGAACUUCAUAUUUAAUAACUUCAGUUUACGCUGGUAGUCUGCAAGCUGUCAUUGAUAUCUGAAAAUCUACAUUACUUUUAUCACAUGAUGCUGUUGAGAGGUGCCCGCUUACUUCCACUCUUUUUUUGUGGUAGGAUGACAACCAGUUACUGGUUUGUUCUGGUUAUCAAACUGACAAAAAGAGAUGUUGUACUACAUGUUCUGUGAUAAGUAUGUCAGAUGCUGUAUUGAUUUGGACAUAGGUUGCAAAAUAAAGAGAGCUGACACAGUUUCUUUUUUUUUCUCAUUUUGUAUUUAAUAUUUGUGGCUGUAGACAAAAAUAAAAUAAAAAUACACAUAUAAAAUAAUUUCACUCAAAGUGGGUGUUAAGCUGGGAAUGAUGACUUUACAGUUGCCUGGCAACUAUCAUAAAAAAUUAAAAUAACUUAUAGAAAUUAUUAAUAAUACUUAGAACAGAACAGAUCAUUAGUUAGUUCACAAGGUCUCCUGUCAGUGUCAUCAGGAGAUACCACCCCACAACAGAUCCAUUACCUUACAUAAUUAAGUAUUCUGAAACGCAAUCCCAUUGUCUACAUAUAAUGUAGGUGUAUACUGGUGCUGUAAUGACAUAAAUAUUUACAACUGACUAACUUAUAAUGUUAAAUUUUAAUAAAAUAAAACACACCAAGUUAGAUAUUUGAAACCGUUUGAACCACAGUAAUGACAGCCAGAAGCAUUUUCAAUCAUUAGAUGCUAAAUGCUGAGUUGAAGAAAGCAUUAGCAGUUAAAUCAGUAAUUAUAUUUAUGUCACACAGCUAAAGGAUUGCAAUGGACAUGGAUGCUCUGCAAAUACAAAAAUAUUACUUAAUUUUCACUGUUACCACGUAACAAGAAUUGUGCAAUACUUUCGGAGUGUCAAAGAAACUAUUGCAGCUGCUACAAUACCAACAUAUGGCUGCAAUUUCAGUACACUUUAAAAAAAUAAUGCUGCAUAUUCAAAAUCAUCUGCAAGCAUACAAAAAUACAAGAGAAAAAUAAUAAAGGUCUCUUCUUAUAUGGGAAAUUAAUAUAAACUUCCCCACUACAAUAGUUCUUAAAUCAACUUUCAGUUACAAGACAAUGUGGUGCAAUUAUAUCAAAGAUGGUUUAUGAGAUUCAUAUUCUGCACACUGAAAUUUCUUUCAGGUGUCAGUACAAUCAAACCCACUGUACACAAACAAUGGUGUUGGAGAUUAAAAAUUGGAAACUCAAAGGCAAGAGAUCAGUAAUUUCAGCACUGAGCUUAUAUACUGCAGUACAACAGCAUAAGUGUUGUUGCUGCUGAAGAUGGUCAGCAAUAAUUAAGUAUACUACAAAUAUAACAAAGAUAUAAAGUGUGAAAUUCCAAUAAGCAACAGAGUUAUUUUGCAAGCAUGCGAACUACUCACACAACCGACAAAGCUGCCACCUUAUCUAUCGUGCAACUGUGCUUACGCAAGUAAUAA